AUGCAGUCAGCAGGAGGAGAUUCGACUCCAAAGCCCACAGGCGCGAGUUGCAUUUGUAGCGCCACGAAAUAUAUUUACAGCUUUCGGAGGAAGGAAUGGGUUGUGUCGGACACCAACGUUCAAAUCAUCAAACCACUCAAACCCUUUGCUAAGGGUGGCAUGCGGGUCUGUUAUGAGGUUGAGGAGAUCGAAGAUGACGGCAGCCGCACGCGCUGCAUCGCCAAGUUGUUCCUUAAGGUUGUGAGUGACGUGAAGGAAGAGGAUUAUUUCUGCGAAGGGGAAGCGCAGUGUCUCUGCGAAGAAUUUGCGAGCAACUUCAACAAGGCUCCCUUCCAUGGACCUAACAAACCGCGCAUAUCAUUCUUACAGUGUCAGGUGUUGCGUAUUAGUCGUAAUAUCAUCCCCCGCGAGUACCGCCGGCUGAAGGAUGGGUUCUUCUCCCACCGUACAGUCGACACAGGAGAUGUUCUUUUCGUGAUGGAACCCAAACUUGGGGGACACUUCACAAAGUAUAACAGCAACUACGGUGACGUCUAUGAGGAUGAUAAGCACUGCAAAACGGACUCCCAGAAACGGAAGCGUCAGCAUAUGUUGCACGUGGCUGAAGCUUUCUCUCAUUUCACUCUCGUAGAUAGUGUGGGCUCGAUGCUUUUGUGCGAUCUGCAGGGCGUCAAUGACUUGUUGACAGACCCGCAAAUUCACACGGAGGACGGUCGGGGCCUCGGGCUGGGAAACAUGGGCGUGGAGGGCAUUACGAAGUUUGUGGUCAAUCACAAAUGCAACGAAAUUUGCGAGGGUUUGGAUCUGAAGCCGCUGACAGGUGUGGUACCGGAGUCUAGUGAUGAAGCAAAGGAGUUAAAUGUUUAUGCGUACCUGCGGGCCCAACUCCGACAGGAUUUCAUUCCACCUCCUAAACCGAUAUCUGAGAUGACAGAAGAGGAAAAGUUUGAGCACGCCCUGCAGCUGUCCCGUGUCACUUACUGA